AUGCGCGAAACGGUGGAUAUGGUGGACGACCCAGAGUAUGAAGAGGAGGAGCCCUCCUUCAGCGACCCGGAGGACUUCGUUGAUGACAUCGAAGAUGAGGAGCUUCUGGAAGAAGUCUUGCGGGAGAAGCCCCAAGAGGCUGACGGCAUAGACUCGAUGGUGGUGGUGGACAACGUGCCUCAAGUGGGGCCAGAGCGUUUGGAAAAACUCAAAAACGUCAUACACAAGAUCUUCUCCAAGUUCGGCAAGAUUACGACUGAGUUUUACCCGGAGGCUGAAGGCAUGACCAAAGGAUACAUUUUCUUGGAGUACGCGGCUCCCACUCAGGCUCUGGAGGCGGUGAAGAACGCAGAUGGUUACAAACUCGACAAACAGCAUACUUUCAGGGUCAACCUCUUCACUGACUUUGACAAAUACAUGAAUAUCAGUGAUGAGUGGGAGACUCCUGAGAAGCAGCCUUUUAAAGACUUUGGCAAUAUGCGCCACUGGAUUGAGGAGUCAGACUGCCGUGACCAGUUCAGUGUGAUCUACGAAUCUGGAGAAAGGACCGCCAUUUUCGCCAAUGACGUUAAAGAGCCUCUCACCGUUGAAGAGAGAGCACGCUGGACAGAGACCUAUGUUCGCUGGUCUCCUAAAGGCACCUACCUUGCCACCUUCCACCAACGUGGCAUCGCCCUGUGGGGUGGCGAGAAGUUCAAACAGAUCCAGAGGUUCAGCCAUCAGGGCGUGUCCCUCAUCGACUUCUCACCAUGUGAGAGGUAUGUUGUGACCUUCAGUCCCUUGAUGGACACCAAGGAGGAUCCACAGGCCAUCAUCAUCUGGGACAUUCUGACUGGACAGAAGAAGAGAGGCUUCCACUGCGAAAGCUCUGCACACUGGCCCAUAUUUAAAUGGAGCCAUGAUGGGAAGUUCUUUGCUAGGAUGACUCCAGACACGCUGAGCAUCUAUGAAACUCCAUCGAUGGGCUUAUUGGAUAAGAAGAGUCUCAAGUGCACUGGGAUCAAGGACUUCUCGUGGUCUCCUGGGGACAACAUCAUAGCGUUCUGGGUACCUGAGGACAAGGACAUCCCAGCCAGAGUGACUCUGAUGCAGUUGCCUUCCCGUCAGGAGAUCCGCGUCCGCAAUCUCUUCAAUGUCGUCGACUGCAAACUGCACUGGCAGAGGAACGGAGAUUAUCUGUGUGUGAAAGUGGACAGGACUCCCAAAGGGACACAGGGCGUGGUUACCAACUUUGAAAUCUUCAGGAUGAGAGAGAAGCAGGUUCCUGUCGAUGUGGUGGAGAUGAAGGAAAGCAUCAUAGCAUUUGCCUGGGAGCCCAACGGCAGCAAGUUUGCUGUCCUUCACGGCGAGUCUCCAAGAAUCAACGCCUCCUUCUACCAUGUCAAAAACAACGGCAAGAUUGAGCUCAUCAAGAUGUUCGAUAAGCAGCAGGCCAACAGCAUCUUCUGGAGCCCCCAGGGACAGUUUUUGGUUCUGGCCGGCCUCAGGAGUAUGAAUGGAGCUCUUGCCUUCGUGGACACGUCAGACUGCACCAUGAUGAACAUAGCCGAGCACUACAUGGCCUCGGACGUGGAGUGGGACCCGACCGGUCGAUACGUGGUCACCUCCGUCUCCUGGUGGAGCCACAAGGUGGAUAAUGCAUACUGGCUGUGGACAUUCCAAGGCCGUCUCCUUCAGAAAAACAACAAGGACCGCUUCUGUCAGCUACUCUGGAGACCCAGACCUCCCACUCUGCUCAGCGCAGAUGAGAUCAAGUUGAUCAAGAAGGAUCUUAAGAAAUACUCCAAGAUCUUUGAGCAGAAGGAUCGUCUGAGCCAGUCCAAGGCUUCCAAGGAGCUGGUCGACAAGCGCAGGGCCAUGAUGGACGACUACCGUCGCUAUCGGGAGACGGCACAACAGAUCUAUCAGGAACAGAAGAGCAUCCGCCUCGAGCUCAGAGGAGAAGUGGACACGGAUGAGCUGGACAGCAACGUGGACGACUGGGAGGAGGAGACCAUUGAGUUUUUUAUCAACGAAGAAAUCAUUCCCAUUGGAGAUCUGUAG